AGUUGUGCCAACUUAAGAUCCCGCCGCAACGCAAAAUUGUGAAAGAAACUUUGGGAAAAUCUUAUAAAUUAUAAUAAUGACUGAAUUAUAUAGUUACAAAAGAUAUGAAAAAUCCUUGGGCUUGCUUACAACAAGAUUUGUAUCUUUAUUGCAGAAAGCUAAAGACGGUGUUCUAGACUUGAAAAUCGCAACUGAGCUCUUGGCUGUGCGACAAAAAAGAAGAAUUUAUGAUAUAACCAAUGUUCUGGAAGGCAUUGGUUUGAUAGAAAAAUGCAGUAAAAACAGUAUUCAGUGGAAGGGCGCAGGGCCUGACUGUAACUCGUCUGAUAUUGGAGAGAAAGUUGUUAAAUUAAGAAAGCAAAUUCGCCACUUAGAUGAACGUGACAAGGUACUAGACAAACAGCUGCGCUGGAUAAAACAAAGUAUUAAAAAUGUACUAGACGACGAUGAUAAUAAGGAACUUACAUAUGUAACUGAGAAGGAUAUUAAAUCAUGCUUCGAGGUAAAGCAGACGCUAGUUUUAGAAACACAACUUGGCGCUUCUCUCACAGUAGCAUGUAACAGAAAUAAAGAUGAGAAGUCACAGUUUAUUUUACACAUCAAAUCACCAGAGGCUUUUGGUGUUAUAUUGUUAUGUGAUGCUGAGAAGGAAAAGUUGCUUAUUGAUGCUGGCAUAGAGGAGGAUCUUAAUUCAAUAGAACAAGAUGACCAAUACCCUUAUCCAGAUUACCUACUACGGCUGAGUCCGCCUCUAAUGAAGGAAGAUUUCUCUUUUUCAUUGCAUGAUUCAGAAGGUAUUUGUGAUCUGUUUGAUAUAUCAUGUUGAAUGUAAAUAUUAAUAUUGGAUUUGACAUUUUUAUGAAGCAAAAAUUUUGUAUUGUAAAUUUUGAAAUCAUGUUUAGAAUGUAAACUAUGUAAAUAACCCAACAGUAAGUCAUAAGAGAAAUAUGGAGGAACAUUAAAAAUAUAUUAUUCUUAA